UUGAUGUACAGCUUCACCAACCUCUAUUGUCAAGCAGCACUACCCCAGAUGAUGUCAGACUAGAAAUGAUGUCACUUUGCUUUCAGUUAGAAACUCUUUGUAAGAAAGAACUCACAGAGAAUUCAAGCAUUCAUCAAGGUCAUGUUAGUAACUCAUUCAUUGACAGAGCAACUGUUGUUUAUGACAGAAUACUUCACCUGUUAGCAAAAGUGCCUCCAGAUUAUCAAGACUGUCUUAGAUAUCUACAGUCACAAAGAUUGGACAGACUGUAUCCAAGAGCAGUGACCUAUCUUGCAAAUCCAAGGUCAUUCUCACUUGACCUUGACAAAACCCCACUUGAUAGUUAUUUUGCUAGUGUUUCAACAUUGAGUCAAUUGACAACACUUGCUAGGCAGAUGCAUAAUGAUUGUGUUAACACAUCUUCACAUAAAUAUAUUGCACAUCAGCUAGCCCUCAUGUAUCAAACCAUCACUCAAAUAAAAAGUCCACUGUUUGAGCAGCAUAAGAAAGGGAUAGAAGAAAUGUUUAAACCCAUCAAAGCCACGCUUGCCACCACAGACGAUAAACAGAUAAGAUGUCUAACACAAUCUCAACAAGAGUGGUUGCUUGACCUGACUAAUCAUAUCCUGAAUACAGUCAAUACAUUCCCGGCUGAUCUUACACAAGAUAUGGUUCAACCAGCUUCGGUACUGCAACAAAAGUCAACAUAAUUUCCACUAGGGCAUGGAAAAGAAUGAUUUCUUUACAGUUUUUAUUAUAAAAAUUGCAGCAUCAAGUCUAGCUGGAAUAAAACAGACCUGGAUAUGUAAUAUUUUUUAACUUGAGCCCAGUCUAAAUACUCUGAUCAUUGAUUGGUCAAUUUCUGAUGCACAUUUUGAAUCUGACCAAUGAAAAUGAAUUGUAUGUAGACUGGUUUGUUGGAUCUGACAAAUACAUGUGUAACAACUGAUAAAAUACUACAAACAUUCCCAUAAAAAAAGCACUUUUUUGUCCUAAAAUUUUAUAAAUAUGAUAUGUAUCUAUAUCAAAUGGUGUAAUAGGCACCUCAUUCAAUAAUUUUCAUGUAGGUAAGAAGUCUUAUUUAGUUUGUGUCAGAAAUUGUUUAAACACAGAGUAAGUUCUGUUUUAUAUCUAUAAAAGAUGUAAUAUAUAGGAUAUUGGGAAACAUAAAUUUUUGUACACCAAAUUUUGGUAGUCUAUAAUGUAAAGAGGGUUGAAUUUUAAGUUCAAAAUUGUUUAAAGUACAAUGUAUUUUGUGAAGUACAAUGUGUAUUGUAUAAUUGUGUUUAAACAACAUUCUUCAUCAACGUGAUGUGUGAUCUUGUUGGUUUAAAUAAAGAAGCUGACCUUUCUGAAGGUCGUCUAGUCAUACCAGUAUACAUCAUGUGGACACAUUUGUACUAUAUUUUCAACCUUUACUCGUUAAAGUACUUCUUAGCUGACAAUUUUAAUAUGUUCCGUGUCCUAGCUCCUGACCUGUUCCUUUAAUGUGCUAAUCUUUAGAGACGUAGCAAGAUAUAUAAUAAAGACAUAUUGUUGAAAACAAACAAAGGACAUCACGUACGAUACUAAAACCUUGUAUGACAAGUCAUGUGUGUACUUUUAUUGUUGUACUUUUUCACCUUUAUAUUAAAUGUCAACAUUUUGGCUGAAUUUAUCUUGUAACAUAAAAGGUGAAACAAAGAUUUGCUUAUAAUAGUGUGGCAAGAAUUAAAACCAAGGUAUAAGUUUAAAUUUCUGAUACGGCAAGAGUUAUUCCAGUGAUGUUGCGAUGUAAAGAAAUUUCGGGAAAUGGGAAUUUUUUGUUGGGUUUAUUUUUGGUGAUUACUUUGUAGACAUAUAUUAUAGAUGUUCAUAAUUACUUUGGGUAUUUGUAUAAUGUAGACUUAAGGGUUAUGUAUUGGAAGAAUAAUUGAUAUGUUUUAUUUAUUGUGUUUGUAUAUAUAUACAUGUAUAUGAGAAUGUCUGUAAAAGAUUUAGUCAUAGAAUUCAAAUUUCACUUUAAUUAUGAAAAAGAAAGAUUUGUGCUUGUUGCACAAAAGAAAUAAAAGAAAGUAUAGGACAUAGGGACUGUUUUUCAAAGUUUCGUAUUUUUGAGAUUUUUUGCCAGUGUAAUUUAGCUUAUUUUAAAGGUCACAGAGAAAUGUGCUUAAGUUGCAAAUUACUGAGGUCACUCAGUGUCUGUUGUCCAACCAAACUUUUUAAACUACAGUAGAACUUUGAUGUGUCUAACUUCGUUAAGUCUAUUUUUGUCGAUAUUUUGAAGUAAAAUUGAAGUCCUGAUUCUUUUAUCUUGUAAAACUUCGAUUUGUUGAACUUU